GAUUUUAAAAGGACAAGACGAAUCACUCACGCACCUCAUUCCCUCCCGUUAUAAAAAAUACACAGCAGGAAAGCCCAAAAACACACUUCCUAAACUCACGAAACCUCCCGCUCACAGAAUGAUUGAAGAGAGACAAGGCGGUGCACCCCACGGCGUCUUACUGGCCGUGGUGGUGGCUCUUGUGCUUGUGGUGCCGUCCCUCGUUGGUGACCAAGGUGAGGCCAUCACAGCUGCCAUUGCCGAGCUACUGAGCCCUGUGGGACUUCUGCUCCUCCCAAUCUUCCUCCUCCUCACCAUCCAGUUCCUCUCCUCCGAGCGUGGCUCUUUCAUCUCUAGCAUGUUCUCGACCGGAGAGCCCGACACCAUCCACAGGGUUAGCGGCUCUCCGGUGGGAGUCGCACUUGUUCUGAUCAUCAUUUUGUUCCUCCUCUACAAUCGCGUAUCGAUCUUCGGUGGUGGCGAUGAUUCCGGUGAAUAGCAACACGUACGUUUGUGUGGAUCUGGGUUUUUUCGAAGCUUAUUUGAUCUCUCUCCUUGGCUUUUGGUUUUUGACUUCUGUACAUUGGUGGUAUUGAUACAGUACUUUACGUACGUAGAGUUAAUUCGUGUUCGAUGGUAUUGCGGUCAUUUGACUAUAGUGGAGUUUGAGAGCUUUGAUUUGUGAUACUGUAAUUACCCUGAAUGCACCUGUUUAAAUGCAGUAUUGUUUUUAAUUUUAA